AUGUCGCAACUUCAGAGCGUCUUACCUGAUGACGUGCAUCCUACCGACAUCGAGAUCUAUGAGCAACUUGCAAGACUUCAAAGCAUGUACAAUCAGGCCAGCGAGCUCCGGACGCUCUUACCGGAGAGACUGAUUGAGCCGACGCGCUUUGCGAGACAAGCUCCGCCGGAGAAGGUGGCUGUCCAAUUGCGUGGCGCUGCCACAUCUGGAAGCGUCCAGAUCAAGAACUUCAAGAGAGCUUACCAGAGCGAGGAGAUGCGAUCUCUUUGGCAAACUGUCAACAACGCCGAGUAUCCACAGGGCGACGAUGUCUGGACGAUGGACUACGCCCAAUCUCUUUCGAAGAUCAAGAGUCUCAACGGUGCAGACAAAGCUGGUGACUCAACGAAUGCGGACCAGAGUUUAAGCGACCAUCAUUCCGUGUCUGCCAUCAUUGCAAAGUUCCGAGAAUCGCAUCCUACCAUUCCAAUCAACACGCCUGCUGCACCAGAUGACCUACCGGUCGAACUUACCGUUGCAUCCAUGGCGUUUCAAAUCGUGGACCAAGGAUUAGAAGGCAAUCAUGUCUACAGUGUAGCGGCAACGGAGGAUACAAAGCCUACUGCAACCCAGCUGGCAGUCCUACGGCACAUCGAGAGGUCCCACGAACAAGAAAAUCUACAGGCGUUGAUGGGUCUCUUAGCUUCCUACAGCAAUAUCAUGAGCACGCCAUGUCAGAAGUGCCAGAAGGUAUUCGAUCAGAGCCUCAAGCUACCAAUCGUGCGCGAGAAGAAAAAUUCGACAACCAGUGGAGGGGACUUGGAGUGGUCAAUUCUGCAUGAUUCUUGUGCCUAUGCAUCGGAUUAG